GGUCUACGGCGGCGUGGCGAGCGCCCUGGCCGACGCCGCCAUGAUCCCCCUCGACGUGCUGAAGGUGUAAGUCGGGUGCGGCUGCACCUGCAGGGCGAGGGCGGCCGGGCCCCCGAGUACCGGGGCGUGGUGGACGCCGCGGCAAAGAUCUGCAGGAGAGCGAGGGGCCCGGCGCCUUCUACAAGGGCCUCCAGCCCGUGGUGGCCCGGCAGCUCUCCUACGGCUCCCUGCGCUUCGGCCUCUACGCGCGGCUUCGGGAGCUGCUCGGCGUGCCGCACCACGGCACGGACCCGAUGCCGCUCCGGAAGGCGCUGGCAGCGGGGUGCGCGGGGGGCGCGUCGGCCUUCAUAUGCACCCCGCUGGACCUCAUCAAGGUUCGCAUGAUGGCACAGGGCAUGCGCCCUUGCGCAGAGGCGCCUCCGCGCUACCGCAGUCUGCCCCACGCGGCCGCCAGCAUCUUCCGGCACGAGGGGCCCUUCGGCCUCUACAAGGGCGCGGGGCCCGCCAGCGCCCGCGCGACCAUCGUGGGCAUGGUGGAGAUCGGACCGAGGCUACGACGAGGUCAAGUGCGCCAUCCUCCGGCGCGGCUGGAUGCGCGAGGGCGUAGCUUUGCAUUUCUCAGCGGCGAUGUUCAGUGGGCUGCUGUCGGCCCUGGCCUCUUCGCCGUUCGACGUCGCCAGAUCGCGGCUAAUGUCGCAUGGACGCCGCCCGCCCUUCGACGCCUCCGGAGCCGGCUUGCACUACAGGGGCCUGACGGACUGCUUGGCCAAGUCGUUCCGGGCCGAGGGCUGGAGGUUUGCCUACAAGGGCUUCUGGGUCGCCUACCUGAGCAAGG